AUGCAUGUUGAUUGUUCUCGGUCAUCUGAAGCCCCUGUUAGAUCCCCGGAUGUUGUGAUAUCCAACAAUUUCAUGAACAGCGCGUUUAAUGAUGACCAGGUUAUGGAUAAUGAAGAAGCAUCCCAAGAUUCCCAUAUGCAGCCCAUGACUGUUGCUGUUUCUGGAUCAUCUCAUGGUCCUUCUAUGUUUGCUGAAUCAUCAGGCGGCCAGUUAGACGGGCCUUCGGAUCCAUACUUUGUUUUUGAUACCCUCAGGGAACCCGUUACUGGAUUCCUAACGUCGCUGAUAAGUUUUUCUGUAAAAAAAGGGCAAACUAAAGUCUGGAAUGGAAUUCCCACACACAAGUAUCUCCGAUGCUCAAAAUAUGGAAAACCACAACCAAAGAGGACUUUUGACACCCUAGAUGAAUCUUCUGUUAAGCACCGGAGGACCAACUUCACAUGGUGUGACUGUAAGGCAAGCAUACUAGUCUCGAUCUCGAACGAUUCAUACACAGUUCUGAGUUUCAAUGAUAUUCAUAAUCAUGAACUUGUUGAGAGUUACAACCGUGAUCUUAGCAAGAUAUCACGGAACCUGUCAUUCUCCACGAAACAAUUCAUUCACAAUAUGAGUCUAAACCGCAUCGGACCAAUGAGAGCUUAUAGAUGUCUUGUAGCUUUAAAAGGAGGGCAUCACAAUGUCAAUGGGACUCCGGUCGAUUUUAAAAACUUUAGCCACCAGUUGCGAAUUUUUAUUGGUGAACGCGACGCACAAGUUUUCCUUGAACGCCUGCGUGAGCGUUUUGACAACCUACCCAACUUCUAUUUUGAUUACACUGUAUCAAAUGGAAAGUUGUCCUCUGUAUUCUGGGCUGAUGAGAUUUCAAAGCUAAACUACAAAGCUUUUGGCGAUGUCCUCGCGUUUGAUGCAACUUACAGCACAAACAGGUACAAGAUGGCUUUUGUGCCAUUCACGGGUGUGGAUCAUCAUUUCCAAUGUGUUACAUUUGGAGCCGGUUUGAUAUCAACCGAGUCCAUUGAAUCUUAUGUGUGGUUGCUUAAGGCUUUCUUGAAGGCACACGGUACUCAACCAACUCUCGUGCUGAGUGAUCAAGACCCAUCCAUGCUACAAGCUGUUCCUAUGGUCUUUACCGAAUCACGACACCGUCUAUGCAUGUGGCAUAUAAUGAAAAAACUACCCUCCAAGAUCUCUGCCGACGUGAUCGAUAACACUGAUCUUCGGUCCUGCAUUCACCGGUUGGUUUGGAAUGUUUAUAUCAAACCUGAAACGUUUGAGUCCCGCUGGAAUGACCUCCUACAAACAUUUGGGCUUCAAGACCACAGCUGGUUGAACGACAUGUACAACAUCAAACAUCUUUGGGUACCAGCCUACUUCAGGGAACUGCCCAUGUGUUGCUUGAUGAAGACCACCUCCCGCUGCGAAAGCUCUAACGCUGCCUUCAAGGUCAACUCAACAAGCGCAAACACCCUUGUACAAUUUAUGAUGUGCUUUGAAAAUAGGGCAGACAGCCAACGAUAUCGUCAACGUGUUUCGGAGUACAAAACCUCAUCCACAAUGUUCACUGGCAAUACUGAUUUAGCGAUAGAACAGCACGCAUUCGCCAUUUACACAAACGCUGUUUUCGCGCAAGUUCAAAAAGAGAUAAUUAAAGGGAAGUUUUUAUGCUACAUCACAAACCAAACCGAGUCCAGCAAUUCCAGUCUUCUGAUAGACGUCACUCAUUUGGAUAAAAGGAACAACAUCACAAACGUCUAUCAGGUUACGUAUAACACUGUAGACCAAUCCGCCAGUUGCUCAUGCAGGAAUUUCACACGUAUCGGAUAUCUGUGUCGCCAUGUCUUUUGCGUCUAUCGAUUGAAAAAUGUUGAAAGGAUUCCACCACAAUACAUAAACGAUAGGUGGCGUCGAGAUGCCCUCCCCAAACAUGUUUUUUCAAUUUCCAGUCGAUACGGAGUCAACCCACACGCACCGUCCGUUAUGCGGAAUGAAAUCCUCGACCUCGUUACUGAAUGCGUUGAUGUGGCCAGAACCGAUGAGGAUGCGUUGGCAAAAUUGGUUGACCAACUCAGGGAUUUCAAGAUCAAUGUUCUUUCCAAGCAACCUUUGUUAACAACUGAAAAUGAAUCAAACGAGUGUCAAAUGGAAGAAAUAGUUGGACAGCCAAUCAACAUUCCAGUCGAAGUUGCUAAUCCAAAAGUUGCACGCAAUAAAGGAUGUGGUACUCAUACUCGCAUUUCUGGGCCCGGUGAGAAGGCCAAAGCAAAACCACCAAAACGUCCAAAGCAGCUUCGUUUAUGCAAGCGUUGUGGUCUGUAUGUCGACGACCACGACUCACGCAAUUGCCUUACGGUGGCUGCAAUGAAAGCAGCAAAGGCAGCUGCUGAACAACAAAGGCAGACCGCCACUGGCGACUGA